CGUGCACUAAAUCCAACGGUGCGGUUGCGCUUCGCUCGCCGGUUAGGCGGUGCGGAGAGUUGCGCUUCGCUCCUUGACAUCUGGCCUUCCAUCGAAAAGCCGCCAUGUCGGCCCUUCCGUCGGAAGCUGCCAUCUUCAUCGGUCUAGCUGGAGGCGUGCAGGUGCUCUUCCUGUGGAGCACGUGCUCAUUCUUGGUGAGGCACCUGGCAGAGAUCAGGAGAUUUGGGGCCUUUCUUCGCGAGGCAUGCACAAGAGCAAGGGCAAAUGUGAACGGCCAGAGCACGGCAGAUGAUUUCGAGGAGCUCGUCUUGCACGAGAUGCAGCGACGAAGGAGCCGCCUUGCGGGCGGCCUCAUCGGGAUGUAUGCUGUCGUUUGCUGCGGAUUCAUGCUCACCUUUCAGCUCAGAGUGGAGGAGGAUUGGUUGCCCAUGAUCAGCUGGGGCUGCCUUGCGCAUGCCUCCUGCCUCACGCUUUGCUUGUGGAUUCCCGCGCUGAUGAAGUGGGAUCUCUUCUAUGUGCUUUUCUGCUGGUCUUGCCUUUUCUACCUGAGUCCCUUGGUCUCAGAGCCUUUGCAAUACCUGGAGAUCUCUUGGGCCUUUCUGCUGGUCCUGCGCAUCCCUUUGGCAAUCAUACCGAGAAAGAUCCUCUCACCGUUCCUGUGCAACCUGGGUUUUUGGCUGAUGCUUUUGGCACGGCUUCUGAUGGAUGACUGGAGUUUGGCGGAAUCCCUCACUACAGGCCUUGUGGCCAUGGAACUUGUGGGGAGUCUUCUCGUCAUGGGGGCCGCCCUGCUGGUCGACGCCUUUCUCCGGACAAGCGCCAAGCAGGACUUGCAGACAGGGGGCUUUUCGCAGCUGUCCCAACAGUUGAACGCUGCCACCUCUUUGCUGCAUUUGGCAUGCGAUGCCGUCGUGGAGUUGGAUGCCAAUCUUCGCUUGACGAAACACUCCCCCGAGUUGGCCGCCAUGCUCUUGCGGGAUUUCCAAGGUGCUUCCUUGGCCGGCAUGGGAUUGACCGACCUGAUGCCCGACCGGGACGCUGCGCGGGCGAUGACGCACCUGGUGGACUUCCGCAGCACCAGCAGUUCAAGCCAGCAGCCGACCUCUUUACGGAAGAGCGCUCACGCCUUCCAGAGUCGCUUGGUGGACAGCGGCGCCACGAAGAUCUCUGUGGAGAUCUUCCAAGUGAUGUAUCGACCGGUAGGCGGUGAGACCUGUCACCUGGUAGGCAUCAAGGACAUCACGGACACCCAAGCCCAAGCCCCCAGCGUCAGCGAGGGCAGUGAAAGUGGCCAUCAUCUACAGGACCAGUUCAGUGGUUCCGGCAGGAGCCCAGAAUGGGAAAGAUCCCAGCAAGCGAGGGUUUGCUUGGACCUGGAUGUUGACCUCCUGACCGUGGUUGCUGCCACAGCCCCAUUGACAGAGGUGGUGGGAAAGUCACUCAGGACGCUCUUCCCACAGAACAUUUGUAUGCUCAUGCAGCGGAUUUCCCAAGAGGGUCGCUUGUUCCUGGAACGCAACGAGCCGCUGCCAAGUCGGGCCUUCUCCUUUGACGAGCUGCCCCUGAAAUUGGACGAGAAAACUGAGACCAUUUCAGGGCACAUGCAGCUGGCCAAGAACGCCACGGAGCAGGUGCAUGUCUUGAUGUUCUUCCACUGCACUGGACCGGAUCCGCGGCACUCGUCUCGCUCCACCUCGCGCUCGAUCUCGCCCCUCUCCCCGCGCACGCCCCUCUCCACGGGUUCGCUCUCGCCCGUGAGCCCCAUGAGCCCCCGCAGCUCCCAACGGGUCUCCCGGCGCCGGGAACGGAGCGAUUCCCGGGAGCGGCGCAGCGGCUCCGCGGCGGAAGGCGUCAGCCGAGGAUCAGGGAGAAUGUUGCAGCUCUGAGUGCACCAAAAAUGGUGUCAGGAUGAGUCUCAUUGAGUCUCACAGUCAAGGGGUGUGGACGUGUGUGGAUUGGUGUGGUGUCCC